AUGGCAAAAGCGGUGAUUCUUCGUUCUGCAUUUCUUCUAAUACUCCUCGCUCUGGCUUUUUUCCUUCCAGUUGCUCAUGCUGGUGGAGAAGGAUCACUUCGUCCAGAACAAUGUGCAAGUGCAUGUGAUUAUCGAUGUUCAAACACUCAAUACAGAAAGGCAUGUUUGACUUUCUGCAAUAAGUGUUGCCAGAAGUGUUUGUGUGUGCCAUCAGGAACAUAUGGUCAUAAGGAAGAGUGUCCUUGCUAUAACAAUUGGAAGACCAAGGAAGGAGGACCCAAGUGCCCUUAA